AUGUUCGCAACACAAUCCCCCCAAACCCCCUUCCGACAAACCCACUACUACCCAGCCCGCUCCUCCCCGCUCAGAAAGCACAACACGACUCCACCCAUAUGGACCAUGUCCCCGACGCGCAGCAUCCAAAGCGCGUCGCAAAGCAACCCGCCACCUACCUUCAACAUCCAGACCGAGCCACUCGCGCGACACGUACAAAACCACCACUCCCCAAUCCCAAUGCAGUUCAACGCGUCCUCCUCCGCCUCAACAACACCAACCUCAUCAAACCCAUUCCUCCACACUCAGACACCCACCUCGCCCUCCUCGCCAACCCGCCAAAAGCCGAAAUACGAAGCGCGAUACGCCUCUACGAUCGCGAACCCGCUCCAGGGCACGGCGGGUCUGGCGCGCUCGAAAACGCGUAAGAUGUUCCUCAAUCGGGUGCGUAAUGAGCGUGACCAUGGCCGCUUUGAGGCGCGCGGAGAGCAGAUGAUGCGUAUGGAGCAUCUUGCUGAUCGGAGGAGGUGGGAGGAGAGUAUGGCGAGGGAUGGGGAGGGUGUUAUUGCGGGGUUUGAGGGGGAGGUGGAUGAAGACGAUAUGCUUCCUGAUGAUGUUCAUGCACUCGAUGAAUUCAUGUCUCAGGAGGAGGCCAUGGAGAUGGCUCUCAGGGAGACUGAGAGUCGGGUUCCUGGGAGAGUUGGCGAUUUACAGCGUAAUGGGCUAGGUUCGUUUAGCGAUGAUGAGUAUGACGAUAUAUUCAUGGGAUUGCCGGAGCCUCAGGGGAAUCAGUUCCAGUCUCAGUGUCAGCCUCAGUCGCAGUCUCAGGAUAUGGACAUGUCAUGA